CGGGCGCAGGCCGUGUGGUCGCCGCAGAUUGCCGAGUCGUCGGCCUUCGGCAGCCCAUGCGAAGCGCCCGCAGCCGUGGCUGUGGCCGUGGCUAUGGCGGCGCCACGCGGGCUUUCGGUGCGCACGGCGUCGCUGGCGCCGUCGCUGGCGUCGUCGCCGGUCGAGUCGCAGCGGUCGCCGACGCCCGUGGGGUCGCCGCACCCGGUUGAGGCCGCGCGCAUGCUGCGCCAGGUUAUGGAUCAGCCGCGGAUGCCGCCGCCACCCACCAUUGAUCCCGAUCUGCAGGCUGCCCAGCAGCAGCAGCAGCAGCGGAUGUCCACCUGGAGUGCUUCGUCGGCGCGCACAUUGGCGGAUGACACGGCGGGGCGCGGCCGCGUUAUUGCACGCCACCGCGUGGCGGCUGAUCUGGGCCUGAGCGUGAGAUCCGAGCUGGAGCGCCGCGUCAGGUCAUUUUCGGCAUCUGAGCCAAAUGCCGCUAUGCGAGCGGCGGCGCGCCCGCAUUCUAGCAUGGGCUUUUUGCAUUCGCCUAGGCUCCUAAGGGUGUCCGAUAAGCUGAGCCUGUCAACUUUGCGCGUGCUGGACGAUAACGACAAUGACAAUGAUAGCGAGAGCAUGUCGUCGGUGUGUACGGAAAGGGUGCGCCCGUCGACACCGGUGACCCCGGUGACUGGGAAGCGCAGAGCCCAGACCAUUUCCACUACGGAUUAACCUCCUUUUUUCUCAUUGUAUUGUUUUGGUUUAAUCCUUUUUAGCGUACGGAUCUCGGGACCACAAUGCUAUUUCACUGCAACAAAUAUUUUCCCAACUAUUGAGGAAACCUUGGAGAUUACGUUUACGCACUUACCCGGUGACCUAGUCACAUAUCACGGUGGUUAUGGCCGUCAGUUGUUUAUCACAAGACAGGGCUUUGCCUAAACAGAAAUGGCCACACUUUCUCCUUUGACAAAGUGUAGAAGUUUUUUGUCCAGUGCAUCAAAUUAUAGUUGCUUGCUUUCAGGCGUCCACUAUGUUCUUGU